AUGUCCAUCACACCUAUAAUUACUUUCAAAGCUGGGAAGUGCGAGCUUGAUACUUCUAGCAAACCAUACAAAGUUACACCCGAUCCAACACCUGGUUAUAUCUACCUAUACGAAGAUGAUGAUUUAUAUCACUUCUGCUGGCGCGAGCGAAGUAAGCCUAUGAUGCACGAAGACAACAUCGACCUUGCGAUGUUCCCAACAGACGGAAGCUUCGUACCUUACGAGUACACCACGAAAGACCAGCCGACAUCAAAGACAAAUGGCCGCAUUUAUGUCCUCAAAUUCGCGUCUUCCUCUCAGAGAUAUCUGUUUUGGUUACAAUCGAAACCACAGUCCCGGGAUGGGGAUGCCAGUUGGUUUAGCCCACGCGACAUCAAGAUUGGCACCAUCGUAGACAAUUUAUUGCAGGGUGAGGAAAUUAACGUUCCCGAAGCGAUUGCGAAUCUCGGUAGUGGUGGUGGGGACAAUAACGAUGAUGAUGAGACGAUGGAGGAUAUUGAAGGUCAUGGGGACCGCUCUACAGAGCAUCAAGGAAGCGGCGGUGGGGCAGGUCCAGGGGCUACAGGAGGAGAUGUUAGAGAAGAAGGUUCUAAUGCAAGAGAUGGUGGAGCUGAUGGAGGACGAGCAGCCGGAUCUGGGCCAACAGAUGCAGCCACAGUGGUACAGAAUUUCCUCAACUCGCUGAAAGGUGGCCAAGGGGGUAUGUCGCAGCAGCAACAGGGGGAGGGAAAGAGGUUUACAACAUUGGUUGACCUUCUCCCUUCUUCAACAACAAUACCAGUUGUUGACUCAUUUACGACAAGUCAAAUCGAUAACCUCCUCAGCUAUUUGCCGCCAGCAAUACUCAUGCUAUCUCAACAGUCGGCAGCAUCGCUAGAUGGGAUGGCUGAGCCCAAUAACGAGUCGACAAGUGCAGCAAUUGAGGCGCUCAGUCUUGAUCAAAAGAAGACGAUCUUAAAACGAGUCUUAAGGAGCCCGCAAUUUCACCAGAGUCUCGGUAGUCUUACGAUGGCUAUCAGAGAUGGUGGCUUGCCUAGUAUUGCGGAAGCUUUAGGUAUACAAGUUCAAAACGGUGGACUUGUCCGAGGUGGUAGCGUACCACUUGGUGGGGGUGAUGCGGUCGAGGCGUUUGUGGAUGGAGUCAGGAAAAGCGUGGAGCAGAGCCAGUAA